CAUGGGAUUUUCCGUCUCUUCUGUCCAAAUCCCAGCGGCAAGUCUUUGACGCCAUUCUCAGAUUCACGACACCAGUUCGUGAUAAACUUCGAGCCCAGCUGCAGCUCGGAAAAAUUGGAACUUUACUGCAUAAAGUUUAGUUUUUUAAUUUUGAUUUUGGAGAUGAUUGGGAAUCCGGUAAUUCAAGUCCCAUCAUCACUAAUGCCAUCAUCUUCCAUGAUUGCUUGCCCUCGAGCUUCUCCCAAUGGGCUUCCUUAUCUCCCACCGAAACCUAGAACUAGGCAUUUACUGGUCAGAGCUGCAUCCAAUUCCGACGCCGGACAUACUCAACCAUCGUCUGAUGAAGGGAAGAAUCCGCUCACGGUUGUUUUGGAUGUGCCUAGGAAUAUAUGGAGACAGACUUUAAGACCUCUGAGUGAUUUUGGGUUUGGUAAGAGAAGCGUUUGGGAAGGUGGAGUUGGUUUGUUUAUCGUCUCUGGAGCAACACUUCUUGCUCUUAGCUGGGCUUGGUUGCGAGGGUUUCAAAUGCGGUCCAAGUUCAGGAAAUAUCAGACCGUGUUUGAGCUUAGUCAAGCCUCUGGCAUAUGCACGGGAACACCAGUUAGGAUCCGUGGUGUGACCGUUGGUACGGUUAUUCGUGUUAAUCCUUCCUUGAAGAACAUUGAAGCUGUUGCUGAGAUUGAGGAUGAUAAGAUUAUCAUCCCUAAGAAUUCACUGGUUGAGGUGAAUCAGUCUGGUCUUCUAAUGGAAACUAUGAUCGACAUAACGCCGAGGGAUCCAAUACCGGAACCUUCAAUAGGGCCUCUGCAUCCGGAUUGUGGUGAAGAAGGUCUGAUUGUUUGUGAUAGGCAGAAGAUAAAGGGAGAGCAAGGAGUGAGUUUAGAUGCACUAGUUGGAAUAUUCACUCGUAUUGGACGUGAAGUAGAGGAGAUUGGUGUUGCUAAUACUUAUUCGCUUGCUGAGAGAGCUGCGUCAGUUAUUGAAGAAGCAAAACCAUUGCUCAGAAAGAUUCAAGCCAUGGCUGAAGAUGCUCAACCUUUGCUCUCUGAGUUUCGUGAUAGCGGCUUGCUCAAGGAAGUUGAGUAUCUAACUCGAAGCCUGACCCAAGCUUCUGACGAUUUGAGAAAGGUUCAUUCGUCGAUUAUAACACCUGAGAAUACAGAACUAAUUCAGAAGUCAAUCUACACUUUGGUUUACACUUUGAAGAACGUCGAGAGCAUAAGCUCAGAUAUUCUUGGAUUCACAGGCGAUGAGGCCACAAGAAAAAACCUUAAACUGCUCAUCAAAUCCCUCAGUAGGCUAUUAUAAUCUGCAUGGAGAAACAACUAAGAUUUUUAGCCUGGUUAAAAAAAAUGAAGGUGAGAGCAAGUUGAUUUGUUUUUCACAAAAAAAAAUGUGUGUUCUUAUUUAGAGAAUUUAUAUUUCUUUUAAUUGAAUUGGAUUAAAACGAGAGAGUCGAAUUCAGUUUAUACGAACAGAUCUGUGUUUCUGCAUUAAUGCAUUUCCUCAA